AUGUCCAUGUUGCCGUGCCGUGUGUUGUGUCUGUUGGCCAUUGUGCUCUGCUGUGUGGGUGUGGUUCAUGCUAAUGCUGCUGCACCUGCUGUUUUAACAGGUCACGAGGAACGUAUUAAGGAAGCACAAGAGAAGGUUAAGGAGACUUUGAGACUGAAAGAGGAGUGCGAGAAAGUCAUCAAAGCUGCUGAAGAUGCCGCGUAUGCAGCUCAAGUAUUUGCUGUUACCACUGAGAAUAAUCUCGAAACAAUUGCUGCUGACCCAGAAAAGGUGGAGAAAACGAAGAGUGAAGGUCGUAAAUUCAUUGAUAAUACAACGCAGGCUGCAGAGAGAGCAAAAGAAGUGGCCGACCAAACUACAGCCAGUGCAAAGGAAACUUACGAUAUAAGCGUACUUUUUGUUGGACAAGAGGAGGAACAAAUGAAGGCAGAGGAAGCAGCUGAAAAUGCGGAAAACGCGGCACGUGCUGUUAAAGAGGCUGAGGAUCGGGCGAUCACUUACGUUAAACUUGUGGAGGAGGCCAUUAAGAAACUCGAUGCCGCAGUUGUUGCUGCCAAAGAGAAGGAGAAGGAAAAACAGGUGGAGCCUCAACCACAGCCACAGGAACAGACAAAUGAAACAUCUCUUCCACCCACGAAUGCUACAAUAACGAAUGGCAUCACACGAAAUGACGGCAGCAGCAGCCCUGCGUUACUGCGUGUUCCACUCCUGCUGCUGCUGCUGCUCUCUGUGCUGGGCUGCAUGGCCGUGUGCUGA